ACACCCACCAACAUCCUCCUCCUCUCUCUGGCUGUCUCAGAUUUCCUUGUGGGCCUCCUGGUGAUGCCCGUAGAAACACUACAAACAGCACAUUGCUGGUUUUUUGGUCACCUUUUGUGUUCUCUUCAUAGGUUUGUGUCCAACAUCACUAACUCUGCCUCAGUUGUAAACAUGGUGCUCAUAUCAGUUGACCGCUAUGUGGCUAUUUGUGACCCUCUGCAUUACACCACCAGAAUCACUGUGAAUAGAGUUAGAGUCUGUGUUUGUCUCUUAUGGUUCUGUUCUGUUGUCUACAAUAGUUAUUACUUUAAUUUACAUCUUAAUCAACAAGAAGAAGACAUUUAUUACUGCUAUGGAUAUUGUGGAAGUUUAGCGGAUAACACUGCCGCUGAUCUUCAGCUUGUUUUAAACUUUAUUGUUCCUGUUACCACAAUCAUAGUUUUAUAUACGAGAGUCUUUGUUGUGGCUGUGUCUCAAGCUCGUGCCAUGCGCUCUCACAUUACAGCUGUCACAAAGCAGACUUCAGUGACUAAAACAGCAAAGAAAUCUGAGCUGAAAGCAGCCAGGACUCUUGGUGUUUUGGUAGUUGUGUUUCUAAUGUGUUUCAUGCCAAAUUACUUUGUAACUUUUGGAGGACAUGAAUCCAUGAGCCUUUCAACUCAAUACUUUAUUAUGUAUCUGUACUUUUUUAACUCUUGUCUAAACCCUGUGGUUUAUGCCUUGUUUUACCCCUGGUUCAGAAGAACAGUUAAACAUAUUGUUACUCUUCAGAUCCUGCAGCCUGGCUCCUGUGAGGCCAACAUACUGUAGAGAAGCUGUGGAAGGAUGAGGAAAGGAAAUUGGUGAGAAAAAAAAAGUAUUUCUGUGUUUUCCCUCCCUGCUGAUUUUUGUACAAAAGGACGUAGAAGUCAAAUGAUAAAAUGUUGUUCACACUGAAAACUAAACAAUGUGAUGAUAUCUCUAAUAUGAGGUCUCUGUAAUCUAACAGGUGUGACAAAAGGUUGGUGAAGAUAAAUUAAUAAAUUACAAAGUUUUGUACCUCCCGUUUCAUGAUUCAUUCAAAUCUGUAAAAUACCUGACAUUUGACCCAGUUCAAACCUUUAAAACAUCUGAAUAAUCUGCUCAUCUAUCAGAAAAGCUCUUAAUCUGUAGAAGGGCAUGAAGUCAAGUGAACUGUUGACUCCUUGUUGACUAUUCUUUCUCUCUGCAGGUCUGUCUGAUAAGAGUAA